AUGGAGGCUUUCUCGCCUCCCGCCAGUUCAAGAGGACCUAGGAAACGCCUGAGGGUCAACGAGGCAUGCACUCCAUGUCGGGAUCGCAAGACGCGCUGUGAUGCUCGGCAUCCUGUCUGCCGCGCAUGUGAGAAUCGCGGCGUCGGUCAGCACUGUUCGUACGAUACACCACGCACGAACCUGCGUCGCCGGACUCAACAAGCCGAACCUGUGCCAUCGCAACCGGCGCCUGCCAGAGGUGUUUCUCCUUCAAUGACCGCUGCACGACCGGACACCACAGACAAGCCCCAUGGCCACCAUAAUGAGGCAUCACCAGACCAGCCCUGGUCCUCCAUCCAAAGCGAUGGCCUGGCAACUUUCGUCGGACGUGAGGACAGCUCUGUUUAUGGCCCGUCAUCCACCAUUGUAUUUGUCCAACACGUUUUAUCCGACGAAGCUUCUUGUGAGACAGGCCUUCCCCCUCCCACGCCGGAUAGCCACUAUGACAAAGUCCACAUCCCCGAGAGGAUGCCGGAGCCAAACGACGGAAUGGCAGUGCUGCCUCGUCGACACAGCGCGGACGAUUUUAUCGCCUGUUUCUGGGACUUCAUCCACCCCAUGUUCCCGGUCCUACACAAACCCACCUUUACUGAGAGGUACGAACGGUUUUGGGUCUUAGAAAGCAGUGGCCAAGUUUCUCAACUGUCCCAGCACGCGGCCGAUGAGAAUAACCUCUUUCUGUCAACGCUGAAUCUUGUCCUUGCCCUCGGUUGCAAGUUUAGCAACCUCAUUCCAGAUAAACAGAAAUCCUCUGUGGGGGAUGACUUCUACAAGAAAUCCCGUCAACUGUUCAUAUUCGAUGUGCUAGACUCGGCAUCCCUGCCUUUGGUGCAGCUUCUCGUCUUGAACGGGGUUUAUCUCCAGUCCACUCCAUAUGCGAACCGUUGCUGGAACGCAAUAGGCCUUGCCAUUCGCGUGGCGCAGAGCCUUGGGCUACACCUGGAAGCUAGAGUCAGCCAAAACAGCUCACAAGUGGAGCGGGAAAUCAUGAGGCGGGUUUGGCAUUCUUGUGUCAACUUGGAUCGGCGAUUUGCUUGCCAUGACCUUUGGGCGGCCAACAAUGGCCCUUCUGGGAAGCAACCCUCGGGGAAGCCAUCGCGCCUCGGUUUAUUUGUCUCAUCUUGCACACUUUUGGAACUACUUGAAGAGGUAUUGGCAUUUUUGUCUAGGCACGAGCCUGUAACCAAAAACAUGCAGAGCAAAAGUGCAGCCAAGCCACAAAGGGGAGAAACCCUGACUAGCAUUCUAAGUCUGAAUCGUCGCCUGAACGAAUUCGCAAGCACGAUUCCUGGAUACCUGAAGCUGUCUGAUAAGGACAUAACGCCCACCUCAUCGGUGAACCAUGUUGCCUUGCAGCAACACGUCUUGCAUUGCCGGUUCUUACUUACACGGCUGUUGCUUCUCCGUCCCCUGCUUUUAAGCACGAUCGUUGGAGAGAAAAUAUCUCCGAUGGACUCCCUGGAUAGCAUUGGGCAACCGCUUCUGGACCAUGCAGUGAUCCAGCAGUGUUGCGAGCUCUGUCUACAGACGGCGUACGGCCUAGUCGACACGCUGUAUGGGAACCUGGGCACCUUAUACCGCACGUCGGGGUGGCAUACCGUUUAUUUUACAUUCUCUGCCGCGAUCGUCCUGGUCGCCUCUUUGAAAUGCGAACUUCUUGACCUUCAACCGGCUGACGAGGCAUUUCGAACUUGCUGGUCCCGUUCCUUGUCUAUUUUGAAGCACUACGAACACCAGGUGCAUUCGGCGUCCCAUGCAAUCCGGUCAUUGACCGAAAUUAGACGUCGUGUUUUCCAGUCUACCGGCUCAGCACUCAAUCACAAAAUAGGAGAUAUCUCACCUACGCCUCCUGUGGACAACAACUUGGCUGCCCUCUUUGACUCAAAUUCUUUUGAUAUGUCGACGAGUGGCGAUGCCUCCUCCACUAGCGACCCUAUUACUGAGACCUUUUUAGCCACUGAUCUCAUGCAUGCCGAAUGGCUGGAUUUCUUCACAUGA